ACCAAUUUACCCUAUUCUCGUGUAUCUGUCUGAAUCGGCGCCUCCUAAAACCCCAAAACCAAAACACCUUGUUUUGCUUUUCGAUCUCAAAUCUCAGCAAUGGAUUUCCACACUCUCUCACGUAAAGAGCUUCAAGCACUUUCCAAGAUGAACAAGAUUCCUGCUAAUAUCACCAAUGUUGCCAUGGCUGAUGCUCUCUCAGCUCUUCCUCAUGUUGAAGGAUUGGAUGAAAUUUUGAAUCAAAGGGAAGGUGGUGAUAUUGGUACACCGGCUGUUCAACCACGAACAGCUCGCAGAACUACGACUCAAAGGAAACCGGUGAAAGAAGCUGAAAGCACUAAGGUUUCUACAAGGGUUAACCGUGGGGGAAGAGGUGGAGUUGCUGAAGGGGAAGUUGAGCAAGAGAACUUAGAUGCUAAUGUUGAUGCCGGUACUCCUGCUGUUGUGCCAACUAGCAGGAGAAGGGUUCCAGCUGUUUCUACUCGGAGAAAGAAGGAAGUGAUUGUGAUAGAAGAUGAAGAUGAUGUUGUGAGUGAGGUGCAAGGAAAGGCAACGGAUGUGGCCAAAACUCCUGCUGCAGCUCCCAGCAGUAGGACCAGAGCUGGUCGUUCUGUUCGGAACAAAACUGAGAUCUCUGAUGGAACUUCAGUGCAGAAAGCAUACAGCACCAGAAGGUCAGUGAGAUUGGUGGGGAAGAGCUUGUCGAAGAUGAGUUUGGCGGACACUGAGGACAUGGAAUCAACCAAGAAUGAUGAUGUUUCUGAAGAAAUGAGUGUCUCCCAGAAUGAAGGGGGCUCAAUUGAGACUGAAAACGCAGGGGCUAGUUCGCAGACAGAAUCAAAUGUGGUUUCUCAGAACACUGAUGAAGUGGAAGUUUCCUCUCUAAACAAAGCCGACUGUGAAAGCCAGUCACAUGAUUCUGGUUCAGAAGUGAAAUCAACUGAUGCAGAGGAUGUGUUGCAGGCUGAUCCAAAAGAAGAGGGUUCAGAGAAUGUCAAUCAUGUGGAGGUUUCACGUGAGGACUCAAGUUUAAAUCUGCAAGACAGUUUUGAGACAUGUGCUGAUUCAAAUGAAGCAGGAUCUGAGCAGCUUGAACCCGAGAAAACUAGUGAUUCUGCUGAAAUUGAAAAUAAGGAAUGCUUUGUAGCUGAGCAAGACCAAGCUAUGGAGCUAGCUGCAUCUGAAGAGGUUUCUGUGGAGAUUGCUGCAUCUGAAGAGGUUUCUGUGGAGAUUGCUGACCAAACUAUUGCUUCUUUGACUGUUGCUGAACCUGAAGAUGCUUUUGUGGAUGUUCCUAACCAAGAUGUUGCUGGCUUGUCUCUUGAGGCAUCUGAAGAAGCUUAUAAGGAGAUUGCUGACCUAGUUAUUGCCCCUUUGAAUGUUGUGGUACCUGAUGAUGCUUGUGGGGAUGAUCUUGACCAAGAUGUUGCUGAUAUGUCUGUUGUGUUACCUGAAGAGUCUUCUGAAGAGAUUACUCACCAUGCUAUUGCUCCCGAGACUGCUGUGGUGCCUAAUGGAACUAUAGAGACUUCUUCAGAGGAGCAUCAAGUAGAAGAAGUAUUUGAACCUGAACCAAAGAAGGUAGAGUGUGUAUCUUCGGCUAUUCUAGUUGAAAAGGAUGGAACUUCUGGUGACUCUGGAGCUGAAAAUGAGGUCUGCAUCCAAUCCUUUGAAAACGAAAAAGAAAGCAACGGAGUUGAAGAUGUCAUUCUACAACUCUCAAUGUUGGAUGUAGCUGCAAAGAAAGUAGAAGAUCAGAAGGAUACUUCUGAGAAACAGGAAGCUGAAGCACAAACCGAGGAACAUGCAGCAGAGGACUACACUGAGUUUGUGGUUUCUGAGAAGAUAAAGGGGGAACCCGUUUGCUCAGCUCAUUCAGAAAUCAAGGAGAUUGAGUGUGGUACUGGCAAUCCUACUGUGAUGAAAGAAAACUCGAAAACCAUCAAUGUUAAGACUGCUAGUUUGCGGGUUCUCAAGAAGUUGGUGAGGAAGAAGUUAGAAGAAAAAACAAACAUGGUUAAUAAUGAUGAUGUCCAAAUGCAGGGAGUGGAGCAGAAAAGAACUGCACUGCAAGCACUGCCACAGAAUCAGCUGGCUGAGUAAUAGAAAAUUUAUUAUUAAGUGAAUUUCUGUAAUGUUGGAUGAAACCACUUGAAAUGUGGAACUCUCUUUGGUUCUUAGAUGUUGAGGUCAAAAUCCAAACCUUUGGUUUGGUUGUGCUUUUUUCAUUUUACUUUGCAAAUUUUGAUAGUGUAUUGCAUCAUUACAAUAAACUUUUGCGGCACACUUUUAUGCUGGCAAGUUUUACGAUGCUUAUUAUUAAAUGAAGAUUACUCAUAAUGAAAUUAUUUGAAUUUUUAUAA